AUGCUACUCAACGAUAUGACAUGCUCUACAGACACUAAUUGGAUAAGUGCAAAUGUUUUAUUGAGCACACUUAAUUCUGAGAAUAGUGAAGAGUUUGCAAAUUGCAUAAUUGGACUUAUUGCCGAAAGCGAAACAAUUGCGCAAAAAAUUAAUGAUAAGAUUAUACGUAACGAAGAUUUUACAUCAUGCAAUCUAAUAAUUGAAAUAAUUGGAAAAUUGAAUAACUUGACCUCUUUCAAUCUUAUUGAAAAUGGAAAAGACGUAAGAAUAGCCCAUCAUGAAUUCCCAAAAGAUUUUGCUUCAGGUCUGUUAUCUGUUAUUCGCUAUUUAAGUGAAAUAAAUAAAACCUUUAACAAUUUAAUUCAGUUGUCUUCAAUAAGGUGUCAUGGCUUAAGAAGUUGGAAUAACGACUUUGAGAAAGAUCAUCUUGCCUUUUUUCAAAUAUCUCGAAACAUUUUGAUAUAUUGGUACACAGUUGAGCCCUUCAAACUUUCUCCUCUAUUCUUGAGCUUGAGAAAUCUAAGCAUGGUAGAGGUGGUGGAGAAAAAUACUGCAAAAUUUAAUUUUCUGAAUCAGGAAGGAGCUUAUUGGGAUCCUAUAAAUUUCAGAAAAGUGACAACACAUGAUAUCAAGUUUGAGGUAAGAAUCAGGAAGACCGAAUCAUUCAAUCACUUUGUGAGCAUUAUGAGGACAAAAUUAUUAGAAAAAGAGUGUAGAACAGUUGCUGUUCAAUCGCCAAUAUGUGUUGGUAUUCUGACUGGAAGAAAACUGAGUCGAAAUGUUCCGACACACGCUGAUUCUUCCAAGGCACGUUAUAAUAUUCAAGAGAAUUCAAAAAGCUCACAAAGCAAGCUAGUGGAUACGAAAGUUAGUAAGGACUUUGGCAUCAGAGAAAAGAAACCUUCCUCAAAUCAGACAAGUAGGAAGAAAUUUCCACGGAGCAUAAAGAAGACAAAAAAAAACAAAAUACUGUUCCAAAAUUCCGAACACCCAGGAACAGACCUCAAAGUGUCUUCAAAUGUACAAAAAUCUGUCGAAAUUUCCCCAAAUGGCAUUGCUGCAAGAAUGAAAAAUGAGUCGCGAAAAUACGGCAAAAAGGCACAUUUAAAGUCAACCAAAAGGGACAUAUGGGAACUAUCGUCCUCAGCACCUCCGACGCCUUUACCAGAGACCCCAGACAAAUUAGCUAAUAACACUCGCGCUGCUAAGUUUACUUUGCAAUCUAGCAUUGAAAACCGAUAUCAUGAAUCCAUUUCAAAGUCGAUAGUUUCAGACUCACAGGUUUCGCCCACUCCCUUACGAGAUAAAAGAGCGCCAGAAUUUGAUGAUUCAAAUUAUUAUUCUAAAGCUUCAUGUUACGGUGAUAAUGAUCAAGAGAGUCUCAUACGUGGCAAGAGGAGAAAAUCCAUAUAUUAUGCUGAUUCAUCGUCAAUCCCAACCAAAACAAACGGUUAUGUUCGUAGUAACAUUUUUGGGCUGGAACCAAAUAUUAAAGACCAACGUAAUAUGUCACUUGAACAUGAUAAAAAAACUAACAAAGAUUUCGAAAAGACUAAUGAAACCCACCGCGAUAAUUUAACCGCCAUUUCUGAAAAUACACUAAUGGAAGAUACCUUUGAUUUAACGGAUAGUACGAGCCAGUCAUUAAAUCAUACUACUUUACCAUCUGAAGAGAAUGUUACUGCUAGUACAACAUUUAUAAGCUCAAAUCUUAGCAAAGGCGAUGAUUUGACGACUGAUAACCCCUACACUCUCGUUAAAAAAGGUUUCGACUUAUUUCAAGAUCAAAUAAUGCGGCGAAUGGAACACUUGGAAUCUUUUGUUUGCAAACAAGAAAGAAUAUUUCGAAAUAAUUUUGAAUCUGAACUCCAAAAAAUAGAGAAAAGAUAUGAGCAAAUAGAAAAAGGGUUUCAUAAAACCAACAGCAAAAACGCAUACAAACACUAA